ACAUGCUACGAGAUGGAGAGGUACCUGAAGGACGAGCCGAAGCUGCAGUCGUACAAAAAGUUGCCCACAGAGUUGGACACAGCGCCGUGGAACCUCUUCAGGGCGCCGCCUAUCUCGUGGACAGCAUCAACCGGCACCGCCAGCGCACAAUUCGAAUCGCCAAUCAAAAUGGAGGUGACGACGUCGUCGGAAGACAGAGAAACGCUCUGUCUGGACGAUAUAAAGUUCAGUCCCGGCGAUCACAACCACAACGGCCGCGAUAGGGAUCUGCUGGACCGGCACCUCGAUUCCUUGUCGAUGUCGUCAUCGAGUUCGGCGUGUUCGGCGCUGUCCUGGGACAGUUCGCCCUCCGUAUCGUGCACGGCGUUCAUUCUCAAGAAAGAGCCCAGCGAGGACCUCGAAGAAGACGAGGAGCACGAGGAAAUCGAGGAGGAGGAGGACAGCGGCUGCGAAAGCGAAGGUCAAAUCCUGACACCACCGUCGAGCCCGGGCUCGGGUCAAGGUCAUUCCAACUCCAGUCACUCGUCGAGCGGGAGUUCGAUGCUCGACGUGCAGAACCUCAACCUCCAUGGGACGGGCGGCAGGAGCGCCAUCGUCAGGGUUACCGCCAGCAACGCGCAGGGUGUCGCAAGACUGAUCUCCGUCACAGCGAACGGCUACCCCGCGGUCGCGGGCACGCAACACGCACACGCAGGGACAACUGCAGCUGCGAACACCGUGGCCAACAGGCACCACGCGAGGAGCCACGAGCACAGUCCGCCUGACACGAAGCGCAGGAUACACAAAUGCCAGUUCCCGGGUUGCAAGAAGGUGUACACGAAGAGCUCGCACCUGAAAGCCCAUCAGAGGACGCACACA